CGGGCGGACCCGGAAUCCCAGAGGCAACGGAUCAUGACUUAUGCUUAUCUGUUCAAAUACAUCAUUAUUGGGGACACAGGAGUGGGCAAGUCAUGUCUCCUCCUGCAGUUCACAGACAAGCGGUUUCAGCCUGUCCACGACCUCACCAUAGGUGUGGAGUUUGGGGCCCGUAUGGUCACCAUUGAUGGGAAGCAAAUCAAACUGCAAAUCUGGGAUACGGCUGGUCAAGAAUCCUUCCGUUCUAUCACCCGAUCCUACUACAGGGGAGCCGCUGGAGCACUGCUGGUAUAUGACAUCACCAGGCGUGAAACCUUCAACCAUCUGACCUCAUGGCUAGAGGAUGCCCGUCAACACUCUAGCUCUAACAUGGUCAUUAUGCUGAUUGGAAAUAAGAGUGACUUAGAGUCUCGCAGGGAUGUUAAGAAAGAAGAAGGAGAGGCCUUUGCUCAGGAGCAUGGACUUAUAUUUAUGGAAACCUCAGCCAAAACAGCUUGCAAUGUUGAAGAGGCCUUUAUUAACACAGCCAAAGAAAUAUAUAGGAAGAUCCAGCAGGGUUUGUUUGAUGUCAGCAAUGAGGCAAAUGGCAUCAAGAUUGGUCCCCAACAGUGUAUUUCAACACCAGUAGGACCCAGCACAUCCCAGAGGAAUUCUGGUGAUGCAGGAUCCAACUCUGGCUGCUGCUGAACAUCUGAUCUUAACUCGUAUUUUCAACCUGGAACCACUUCAGAUCAAUAGGCUUAAAGAAAGAGGUCUUACUUGCUUUGGUUGAGAAAAGCCUCUUUUCAAGGUCUGAUGCUUUGCCUUUCUACUUAAAAAGACCAGGGCAGAUUUUGGGUCCCUGUUGCCUAGACUCUCUUCAGGGAUGUGAGCAUUCCUUGAGGCUUAGGGCAUUUAUCCCUAGUUUUAAUUCCUACAAUGUUAUUCUUAAACUUGAUUGUCAUAGUAAUUCCAAAGUAAACACUUUGUUUUAUAAGAAUUCACAUUCUUGGGGGCCAGAGCAAUAGUAUGGCGGGUAAACCACUUGAGUUGCACGUAGCCAAACCAGGCUCAAUCCCCAGCACUCUAUAUUGUCGUCCAAGCACCAUCAGAAAUGACCCCUGAAUGCAGAGCAGUAAGCCUUGAGCACUGCCAGGUUUGGCCCAAGAACCAAAACAAAGAUUCACAAUCUGCCCCCACCAAGUAUUAUUACCAAAGGUGUAGGAUAUCUGUUUGAAAUGACUGAGAUCUGACUGACCUCUGAAUGGCAGAUAGAAGUUUCAU